AUGGCUAAGGCGGUCGUCGCUGGUUCGGCCGGCGAACCAGCUACUUACUCGUCUCUAGCCUCUUCUCGAUCUAAUGCUGAAUCAACAUCCAGAUCAACACCCUCCCCACAGGCAAAGAUCGCGCGUCCGUACUCAGCUGGGAAACAUGAGACGAUCUGGAAUCUCUGCGCGGCAGGCACAGCGGUUACUAUCUUGGCUUUGAUUCUUUACUCGGUUUUCAACCUACAGCUUGAUACCAAGGGAUGCCGCCCGAUCUUCAUGGCUCCGUCAUACACGCUUCUCAAGGACUUCAAUACCUCGCACUCGCGACUCGCAUCGAAAUACUCCCUCUACUUGUACCGAGAGAUGGGAUAUCCUUCGCCGGCUGAGGUACGCAAAUCUCUAUAUUCUCUCUAUCACCUCGAUGGAGUUCCCGUCCUGUUCAUUCCCGGUAACGCAGGAAGCUACCGACAAGCCAGAUCAAUUGCUGCCGAAGCGACACGCGUCUACUUUGACACUCUGAAUGAGAAGGGAACUUAUGGUGGAGAGAAUUCUCGACAUCUGGACUUUUUCACUGCAGAUUUCAACGAAGAUUUCACUGCGUUCCAUGGAGUCACUUUGCUGGAUCAGGCAGACUAUCUCAACGAUGCUGUUUCCUACAUUCUAUCAUUAUACUCUGCAAAUCAUGACAGCAACAGACAAUUCGUUCCGUCAUCGGUUAUCGUCUUGGGUCACUCAAUGGGUGGCAUUGUCGCCAGGACAAUGUUGACUUUACCAAACUAUAGAGAAGACUCGAUGAAUACAAUCAUAACUCUAUCGACUCCGCACGCUGUUGUACCCGCAACUUUUGAUUCCGAAAUGGUCAAGCUCUAUGAGAAAGUCAACAAGUACUGGCGUGACUCAUUCACAAAGUCCUCGAGUGGCCAAAACCCUCUCUCGUCAAUCGCACUAAUCUCAAUUGCUGGUGGGAAGCUCGAUGAUACAGUACCCUCGGACUACGCCAGUGUGUCUUCAUUCCUGCCGCCGACGAACGGCUUCACCGUUUUCACUUCGUCGAUUCCAAAUGUAUGGACUGGAAUUGAUCAUCUGGCGAUCGUAUGGUGCGACCAGUGCCGAAAGGCUAUCGCGAAAGCUCUCCUUGCUAUCGUCGAUACUAAAAUGCCUGGCCAGACCAAAGACUUGGAGACUAGGCUUCAUAUCUUUCGGGAGAGGUUCUUGACUGGCUUAGAAGCGUCUGCUGUCCAACAAGAGCCUCCAUUGUAUGAUGUUUCUUUGCUGCUGUCUGGAGCUUCUAUAUCUGAUCGGCUACGUAAAGGUAAUCGCGCGAUGCUGAGGCGUGCUGAAGAACAGUCAUGGGUCUUUUCAAUUCCUGCAGACUCUCAAGCGAGCCAUCUGAGGCUCUUGACCGAUGGAACCAUAAGCUCGGCUGAAGAUGAAGACCAAAUCAGCAUUCUGCUCUGCAGAGCACAGUCACAGAACCCCCAGCAAUCGCAGUACAGAGUGAAAAUGAGCAUUGGUGAAGGAGAUGAUGUGUUGCCGUUGACUUGUGCGGACUUGCAGUAUUCCACAGCUAUCCUCCCUGCUUCUACUAUAAAGUCCAAGUACUCUUACGACGGACCAACAUUCUCAUACAUCAAUCAUAAUCGAACAGACCUUUCGCAAUCCGAAUAUCUCGUUGUAUUGGACUAUCGCUCCUCUUUCAAGAGUGAAGAAUUCAUAUUUACAGAACUUGCAAACAGCAGAGCUCAAACAUACGAGCUGGAUCCCGGAUCACUGAACAACUUCCUUAAUGGUUCCAAACUGGACUUGGAGACAAGUAGUGGCAGCUUUCAUGAGAUUAAGAUCAACGGAGCUAGUUCAUCACUGAUUUCAUACAAACUCUCCUUGCUCUCUGAUCCGCGCUGUGAUUACUCGGCCACAUUCUCACCGCUGCUCCGUCAGUUUAUUGAGGAUCCUUAUGAAUCAAAAUAUUUUCCAAACGUCAAGGAUAAGGAGUUGAGCUUCCAUGGAUUAGCGCCGUUUGUGCCAGUGGUUGAGACACAGGGCCAGGAUCAUGAUCUCAGGCUGAAUAUCUGGCUUGAUCCGACUUGUCCAUCGACAAUUCAAGUGCGCGUCAAGGUUGAUGUAUUGGGGAGUUUAGGGAAUCUUGUCAUGCGGUAUAGAACCGCUUUGGCAUCGUUCCCUUUAGCGAUUGCUGCGGUGAUCCUCCUGAUUCAAUUUAGGAUUUACAAUAACACAGGUGUGUUUGUGACGUUUGGAGAUGCGCUGUACGUUUACUUGCAAAAGUAUGCUGUCUUCGGGAUGAUCAUAUCAGCUUUAUUGCCUUUCGUGUUUGAUAGACUACCACACCAAUCUGCACUUUUAUUCAAAAACUCCGGGUACGGCGAGGCUGAUGUGAUUCAAAGGAACCUGAAAGAGGCGACUCUUUACCUUGGCUCUUAUGAUCUUUCCAUGUCUUUGCUGGGACCGCUGUUUGUGGUUAUUUCCUCGGGACUCAAUGCAGGACUGUACUACGCAGUUCUUUGUUGUCUUUACAUAUCGUCGAAGCUCGUUGGUCUGAUUAGGAAAAAACGGGAGGAGUUGCUUCCGCGGCCGUGGACGAGUGCUGUCAUUAGAUUGCUGGCACAGUCGACCUUAGUGGUGGCAUAUGCGCCAUAUCAGCUAGCGUUUGUGAUUUCUCUUCUUGUACAUUGCUGGACUUGCAUCAAAGCCUUCCGCCUUCGAGGCGGACCUGGUACUCUGGCUGCCACCAACUUCCCCAAAUUUGCUAUUUCAAUCUUGGUUCUUCUGCUCUGGCUUCUUCCAAUCAAUGUUCCAAUCUUGGUGGUCUGGAUCCACGGACUUCCGAUGCAGUGGACCACACCGUUUUCUUCAGAUCACAACCCCCUGUACACUCUACCUAUCUCGAUGAUGGUGGAAAUACUGGCAGCAUCUAGACUGGUACCCCCGACAGGCAAGCCGUUCUCGACGGUUACGUCGUGUAUCUUGAUUUUCCUGACUGUAUUUGCAUGUAUAUAUGGAAUGAUGAGAGCGUAUGGGCUGCAUGAGAUCAUCAACGUAUUGUGCGGAUGGCUCGUUCUAUUGUACUUUGUGUCGGAUGACAGAAGAAGGGUCGGAUCGCAUACUGGUAGCCACAGUCGGAAAGAAUUGUGA